AUGUGUUGGGCAGGUGUUCAUCUUGAUGCUCAUGAUCAAUUUAUUAAAUUUACUAAACAUGAUCAUAAUCAUAUUCCGGUGCCUGAACGAGUUGAGAUUCGCAAAUUGAUGAUGAAUGUUAAGAUUCGAGUUCAGGACGAGACAACAGCUAUCGGUCAGAUUUAUAACGAAGAACUUGGAAAAGCAAAUCUUUCAAAAUCAGCUCUUGCUGCUGCUGCUACAGCUAGAGAAAUUAAUUCUACACUCAAUCAGGCUCGUCGACUAACAACACCUAAUCUUCCGACUUCUAUUGACUUUCAUAUUCCAUCAAAAUAUAAAACAACAAAUAAUGGUGAACGAUAUUUAUUGGCUGAUCGCGUUCAACGUUAUGAUGGAGAGGUCGACAAUCGAAUACUUCUCUUUGCAACGGACGAGCAAUUAAAAACGCUGUUUACUUGUUCUCAUAUUAUGAUGGACGGAACAUUCGAUUGUUCUCCCUCUCAUUUCGAUCAAGUUUAUUCCAUUCAUGGAAUAAAAAACGGUCAUAAUUUUUUAUGUGUUAUCGCUCUUCUUGGUAAUCGAACCGCGAUUAUAUACAAAGAAUUGUUCUCAAUUCUUGCUAAUCAUGCUCGUCGACUUGAUCUUCAAUUUCGGCCACAAAAGAUUACAUCUGAUUUCGAGCCUGGUCUUGUAAAAACAGUUGCAAAUGAAUUUCCUAAUACACGUCAUAUUGGCUGCAAUUUUCAUUUUGUAAAUGCAAUAUAUCGUCAAAUACAACACCUUGGUUUGGUUUCUGCUUAUCGUAACGAUGAAUGUGUACGAUCAAGUGCACGUAAACUAAUGGCACUUGCACUUGUUCCAAUUGAUAAACUUGAACUUGCUUUUCACAAAGUUGCACGUGAAGCUCCACGUUCAUUAAAACCAUUAAUCGAUUAUUUUAAUCGAUAUUGGAUGACAAAAGUGAAAUGGACUUUAUGGAAUGUCUCGGACGUUGAAUUGAAAACAAAUAAUAUCGUAGAAGGUUAG